AUGUCACAAGAACCGGACUACGAAAUUUUCCAAAACAAGAGGGAGUACCAAAAAAAUGAAGGCUUCAUCGAUUUGAACGAGUACACGGAUGAGACUUCCUUCUGCGGUGAUACGAAGUCUUCCUUUAAGUCCAAUUCUGACGCGGUAGAUAUUUGCAAAAAGUUUGUAAUACUAUUUAAACUUCUAAACACUGAACUAUGA